GGCAGUUUCUGCACGUUUUUGUUAUGGCCCGCACAAAGCAGACGGCGCGCAAGUCCACCGGCGGCAAGGCUCCGCGCAAGCAGCUGGCCACCAAGGCGGCCCGCAAGAGCGCCCCGGCCACGGGCGGCGUGAAGAAGCCGCACCGCUACCGGCCCGGCACCGUGGCGCUGCGCGAGAUCCGCCGCUACCAGAAGUCCACCGAGCUGCUGAUCCGCAAGCUGCCGUUCCAGCGCCUGGUGCGCGAGAUCGCGCAGGACUUCAAGACCGACCUGCGCUUCCAGAGCUCGGCCGUCAUGGCGCUGCAGGAGGCGUGCGAGGCCUACCUGGUGGGGCUGUUCGAGGACACCAACCUGUGCCGCCAUUGUGUUGUUGUCAUGUCUGGUCGCGGCAAAGGCGGGAAGGGCCUGGGCAAGGGCGGCGCCAAGCGCCACCGCAAGGUGCUGCGCGACAACAUCCAGGGCAUCACCAAGCCGGCCAUCCGCCGCCUGGCCCGGCGCGGCGGCGUCAAGCGCAUCUCCGGCCUCAUCUACGAGGAGACCCGCGGGGUGCUCAAGGUGUUCCUGGAGAACGUGAUCCGGGACGCCGUCACCUACACCGAGCACGCCAAGCGCAAGACGGUCACGGCCAUGGACGUGGUGUACGCGCUCAAGCGCCAGGGCCGCACCCUCUACGGCUUCGGCGGCUGAGUCCCCUCCGGCAUCAAACUAAUGGCCCUUUUCAGGGCCCCCACUGCCUCCCAGGAAGGGCUGUGCUCAUUAUUUGCAGCGACCUGGUCUAUGCUGCUCUGUCUGCGUGUCGGCCGACUCCUGGGGGGUCCUAUCUAGUCGGGCCGCUGAUGCUGCCUACGCAUCUCCUGUCUGCUGCCAAUAGGGCGGGAGCUGGUCUGCAGGUUCGCGCCCCAGCUCCUAGCGCUAGCUUUGUGAUCUUACUUUGUAGGGGAGUUCGUAGGGUUUGAGCCGGGCAGCCACAUUACCGAACAGGGGUAGAAACGGUUCGCCUUUCAGUGAGGUCGAAGUGCGUGCGUGUCUGCGUGGGUUAGGACUCCUGUGGUGGCUGAUGUCCCAGUGUCUGCUCUCCCUCCCGGGUUUCUGCCCCCGCCUUCGGCCCUGCCUGAAGCCUUCACCUCGCAGGCUGCCGCGGGGCCCUUGGUCCUGCCCCGCUACGCCCGUCCCGCCCUGUGGUCCGCAGCGUGGCUAGGCCUCGGUUUUACAUCCGUGUUUAGUUUCAUUCUAUCAAUUUCUCGAAACCUUUUUGAUAACCGUGUUGUGCUAGUCGGUUGGACUCGGUACAUCAAAGUGGAUUUAGCGACGCCUCUUCAGUACAAUUAAGGGACUUAUACAUCCUGCUUUUCCUCUACUCACAUGGGCCUAUCCUUGAAGGAACGAGGUGGGAGGAGUCUAAGCUGGCGGUGACCUCACACCAGGAACCUGAGCCGUGAUCCUUCGCACCCCCUUUUCCUCCCUUUUGGCCCAAACCUGGACUCGUUUAUUUUUAAAAGGUUGCCCACACUGACAAGUCAGCUACCUGAAUAGUCACCAUCUUUAAUAUAUUGAGAAAUGACUGAUCCGUUGUAAAACCACUUUAGUCUUACUUGCUAAUAGGUUUCCUUGCCGACCCUGGGGGAGAUAAUAGGCAGUUGAAUAAGCAAGGUGAACCUAAGUGCAGGUGUGAGGUCUGGACUAGAGACAAGAAUGUAGUCGGCGUAUGAGUGGUGAGACUGGAUGAGACCUUAAUAAACGCAAUUUGUGCAACACUGGAAUCAUGAGUCAGUGGGGCGGGCACUGGGGAAGGGAUGAACUGUGGAAGAUACCGCGCAGCCCUGCUGAAGGCCACAGAAACUGCUCCGGGAUUUACUGUGGAUGUGGCUGGACGCUCACUGUGGGCCUUUUCUGCUCGCCGAAUCUCUUCUGUGUCCAUUUCCUGGGUUCUCUGUUACGUACAGCCCAUGCUCAGCACUAUGGCCAAGCUGUGAGUGAAGUCCGCCUGCAGAAUUGCCAGAGCCUUCCAGUGUGGCCGGCUCCAUCUGUUCCUCAUCUCAGUGUUUGGGUGGUGGUCCUCACCACCUCUCCAAAUUCUUUUUUGUUCCACCCACUUUGAGCUUCCCUAAAAAAGCAUAAUUUAGAAGAGUUUCCAAUACAGGUCAUCUCCGUAACCUUCCCCUGAU